UGUCUGUUUCCUACGAUAAUUCUCCGCUCUCAUCAAAGCCCCCCACUUUCCUCACCCCACCACCACCACCACCAAGCUAUAUCAAUAUAUACAUGUAUUUGUGUGUGUGUGUGUAUAUUUAUACGUACGCAAACACACAAGUAUAAGAACCAGCCUUACAAAAUACAAAGAAUACUAGUAAUUUGUUUUGUGAUGAGCUUGUGAUACGCGAUUAUGGUGAUGUACCAGGCAGGGUCAAGGUCGGUGCAGAGGAUGAAAGAUGAGGUUUCCAAGGCUCUGAGAGAUUCAUCAGCGUCUUCUACUUCUUCAACUUCUUCUUCUUCUUCUUCUUCUUCUUCUUCUUCUUCUUCUUCUAAGAAGGCGAGCCUUUUCUCUGGAGCGCUUGACCAAUCGAUCAAUAUUAAUGGUACGGCCGCCAAAAACGACAGACUUAAGCAGGCCGAGGAGUCUCUCCGGACCGUCAUGUACUUGAGCUGCUGGGGUCCUAAUUGAACGAUCAAGAUCACGUGCCUUGUAUAUGUUAAUAGACAAUAUAUAUACCUGAUCAACGUCUUUUUCUCAUUAUAAGAUUGAUUUGUACAAAAAAGUGACUUGCUAACUGUAAGUAAUUGUGAAUUUCAGCUGUGAAUACUUUUUUCUCCUGUGCGUGUAAUGUAUCUCCUAAUCCCAGCAAAUAGAUUUUGAUACCUUAGUCGUACGGGGUGCUAAUAACUUUGCUUGUUUGAAGAUCAAUAUUUGGUCGUUUUUGUUUUUGGGUUUUUUUUUUUCCUCUGUAAAAUAUGUUGUGGUUUUUGCUGUUAGGGUUAGGUGUUGUUAAAUGGUUGAGUUUGAUGAGAAGGUAUUGUAAAAUGUUUUCAACAAAAUAAACAAGCUGUUACCGUGAA